GUACUUCAUUUUAAAGUCGAAAUUGCACAAUGAAACAACUGUUGAUUUUAGCCUUCAGCUUUGUUUUAUUUACAGGAUUGGCGUUUUGCAAAAGGGGUAGAAUCGUCGGUGGAUCAGUCGUGCCGGUAAUCGAAUUGCAUCCAUAUCAAGUGUCUUUGAGUAAUCCUUUGGAUGGACAUUACUGCGGUGGGGCUAUUAUAAGCCCUUUCCAUAUACUCACGGCAGCUCAUUGUGUAGUGCCUUACCGUAAAAAUAGUGUAAUUUAUACGGGAUCGGCUCAUGCCAAUGCCGGAGAUGUUCAUCAUAUUGUUGAAAUUUCUACUCACAGCAACUACGUGGGGGCUGAGACUUUUUGGGCCUAUGAUAUCGCCAUAAUCAAACUACAAAAUCCGAUUAUAUAUAAUGCAAGACAGUUACCGGUCAAAUUGCCAUUAAGACCUGUACAAAGUAACGAUCUAGCAACAAUUGCCGGCUGGGGUUACUUGAAACAAAACGAAACUUCAACAUCAUCCGUAUUGAGAGUAGCCCGAAUGCGAAUGCAUUCGGGUGAAGAAUGUAAAACGAAACAUGAUAGUGAUAUCAAUCCCGAAGUUCAAAUUUGCGCUUUCAAUAGUUUUGGAGUUGGAGCAUGUCAAGGUGACAGUGGAGGUCCUUUAGUUGGUCAGGAUGGCAGAGUUUAUGGUAUAACAUCAUGGGUGCGUGGCUGUGGCAAAGGGCACCGUGACGUUUACACGAAUGUUUUCAGAUUCCGAAAUUGGAUCGAACGUAUCUUAUAUCACUCUUAAACCAAUUUCUCAAAUCUGAAGUAUAAUUAUAAAAAUUUAACGACGCACGUUGAAAAAAAAAUGAA